UUCCUGCUGACCUCAGUCCAACGUAAACAGUGUUUAGAAUAGUGGUUAGCUAACGAUUUUGUAAUCACCGACAUUGUACAAUGGCAAAGAAAACGGAGGACUCCGCAAACUUAUGGCCCUGAUUACUUUAAAGUAAUUUAUAUGCUCCGGCUCUAAACCUUGAUCUGUACCCAUCAUGUCAUCCCGUGUGCUGCUGCGGCAGCAGCUAAUGCGAGAACAAGCUCAGGAGCAGGAGCGGCGUGAGGCCCAGCAACAUGCCUCGGCCUCUCAGCUCCGAGCCUCCGACUCCACUCCUGCUAUCUCUGUCACCCUGCCCCCCAACGCUGCCCGCCCUCCUCCUGCACAGGUGCCCGUGGAGGUGCUAAAAGUGCAGACCCACUUGGAGAACCCCACCAAGUACCACAUCCAGCAGGCUCAGAGGCAGCAGGUGAAGCAGUACCUCUCCACCACUUUGGGAAACAAGACGGUGACUCAGACUCUCAGUGUGUCCCCUGCCCCCCAGUCCAGUUCGGCCCCUGAAGUUGGCCCUUCGGCCAGCAGUGCCCCUAACAGUCCUAUGGCUCUGCUCAACAUUGGAUCCAACAAAGAGGAAAUCGAUGAUGUGAUCGACGACAUUAUUAGCCUUGAAUCCAGUUUUAAUGAUGACAUCAUUACGUUGAUUGACUCUGGUCUUCAGCUGCCCAGCACGCUCCCAGGAAAUCUGUUGGACGUUUACCACAGCCCCGGAAUGGCUGCUCCUACGCUUACUGUCAGCAACUCCUGCCCCGCUGACCUGCCAAAAAUUAAAAGGGAACUUUCUGAGUCAGAUGCCAAAGCACUAAUGAAAGAAAGGCAGAAGAAAGACAACCAUAACCUCAUUGAAAGGAGGCGAAGAUUCAACAUCAAUGACCGCAUAAAGGAGCUGGGUACUCUGAUACCCAAAUCCAGUGACCCGUCGUACAAUAAUGACAGGGACAUGCGAUGGAAUAAAGGCACCAUCCUGAAAGCUUCUGUGGAUUACAUCAGGAAGUUGCAAAAGGAGCAGCAGAAAGCAAAAGAUAUUGAAAUGCGGCAAAAAAAGCUGGAACAAAACAACCAGAUUCUAAUGUUACGCAUCCAGGAACUGGAAAUGCAGGCACGGCUCCACGGACUCUCAUCUGCUGGCGUUUCUUCGGGUUUGCGCUCUGAUCCUUCCCUGCUGCAGCAUCAGGCAGCUCCACAGAGCAGCCAGUCGGUGCCAGGAGGCGCCUCCACCCAGACUUUUGUUGGUCUGGGAGCCGCCGGGCAGCCUUUGCCAGCCUCCUUUCUGUCCCCGCCCUCCUCAGACUCCCCCGCAGGAGUCACCAUCAGCAGCCCGCUGGACCUCGGCAGCCUGAGCUUCGCCGAGCUCGACGACCACGCCGCCUCGGCUCUCUACCCCGACGUUGGUCUGGGAGACAUUCUAAUGGACGAGGGGUGCGUUCUGUCUCCAGAACAGGGGGCCGAGCCGCUGUUUUCUCCUUUGUCACCAGGUGCCUCUAAAACCAGCAGCCGCAGGAGCAGCUUUGAAAUGGACGAGGACUUGUGAUGAGUCUGGUGUGGUCAGAGACCGUCUGUAGGGACAAGAAUGUCAGGAGGUGUAGCCUUUAUACCAAAAGUCUAUUUAUACAACUGAACCUAAAACAAACUAUUCUAGAUAAUGAUACUAAAAGAUUAAACCAGAGCAGGCAGUUCCUGAUAUAUUUACUAUUCCUGUUCAGAACAGGUCAAGUGAUUAGGUCUAAGUUUAUAAAUACAAUCUUAAUUAAAUGAAUAUAGCAGGCAUGGGCCUAGAUUUAGGAAAUCAAACAUUCUUACGUAGUUUUUAAGAUUGAUUCAGAGAUUUAAGACGGAUGUCUUGUUUUUAGCUUGUAUUUAAUAUAUGCAUUUAUUAUUUGUAACGAUAAAAG